AUGAGCAUCCAUUUACGCAUAUUCGAGCUGGACGUGUGUGCUGUUUUGGACACUGGGGCUCGUAGAAGCGUGCUGCCUUCAUGCCAUUACAAUGCCAUUCACAGAGGCAUGAGGCCCCAUCUGAGCCCAUCUACAGUAGAGACUUUGAUUGGAGUGGGACCUGGUGAUGUUCCGGUGCUGGGUGAAACCAAAGUUCCAGUCAAUAUUCACAACCGUCAAGUCGAAGUUGACUUCCUGGUAGCGGACAUUGCAGGGAAGGAUGUACUGCUCGGUCACUCAUUUCUCACGCAAGCUGAAGCCUGUCUCGACUUUGGUAAGCACCGCAUUGUGCUUUUCGGUGAAGAAGUGCCCUAUUUCCACCCAGAGACUGUGUCCAGAUCGCAUGCUGUGAGAAUAGCCAGAACUCUUGUGAUGGAGCCCGGACAGGAGUAUUUGGUCAAAGGCACUGUGCACCUUGAUGAAGCUAUACAAGGAGACAUGAUGCUGAGCCCUACAAAAGGUUUUGUUGAGAAACACAAAGUGCUCAUCGCUAGAUCCAUGCUCAUCACACCAAAGUUAUUCCACUGCGCCUCUUCAACCCGGGCAAUAAACCUUUGA